CAGGCCCCGUGCCUGCUCGCUCAUCACCCUUGCCAGUUCGUCGUCGUCGUCGUCGUCGUUUUCGUCGUCGUCAUGCAGCAGCACCAGUAGCACCACACCGCCAGGGUUUGCGUCGAUUUUCCUCUCCACAACUGCUGUGGGCUUAUUCUCCGCCCCGGAUUGCACCCUCGUCGCACCACCACAGGAAAAUGCUCUCAUCGCCGCCAGAGAGACUGUCGAAAGUGGUUACCCACGUACAUAUGAUCUACUCUAGUAUGCAGUUCAGAGGAGUGAUUCAGGAGGUGUGAUUAUACACCCAACUUUUGGGAGUCAACUUCGAUUUGCAAGAAGUAUCGACAACAUGGCUGCCCAAGUCGUGGAAGAAGCGCCUGCGGUGGAUGUCGCAAAGGCUGAGGAACUUAAGGCAGCAGCUAAUGCCGCAUUUCAAGCACACAAAUUUGCCUCUGCAUUAAAUCUCUAUACUCAAGCUAUUGAACUGAAUCCUAAGAAUGCCGUAUAUUGGGCAAAUCGCGCUUUUGCUCAUACGAAGAUGGAAUCGUACGGAAGUUCUAUAGAGGAUGCUACAAUGGCUAUUGAAGUUGACUCUAAAUAUAUAAAGGGAUACUAUAGAAGAGGAACGGCAUACCUGGCAUUGGGAAAAUUUGUGAAAGCCCUUAAAGAUUUUCGGCAGGUCCAAAGGAUUGUGCCCAAGGAUCCAGAUGCUUUAAAGAAGGUUAGGGAGUGUGAAAAAGCCAUCACCAAAGCUAAAUUUGAAGAGGCGAUCGCAACUGAGGACGAAAAAAAACAUUCUGUUGCUGAUUCUUUGGACUACCACACUAUAGUGGUCGAUGAUUCUUAUCAAGGGGCUAGAAUAGAAGAGGAUAAUAUUACAUUGGAUUUUGUGACAAAGAUGAUAGACGACUUUAAGCAACAGCGCUCCGUCCAUACCAGAUACGCCUUUCAGAUACUUUUGAAAACGCGAGAGCUAUUGUUAGCAACGCCUACUUUGGUUCACAUUGCAAUUCCUGACGGAGGUCACUUUACUGUUUGCGGUGAUAUUCAUGGGCAGUACUAUGAUUUACUCAACAUUUUCAAGCUGAAUGGUCUUCCUUCAAAAGAGAAUCCUUAUCUCUUUAAUGGCGACUUUGUUGAUCGUGGCUCUUUUUCGGUUGAAGUUAUUCUUACGCUAUUUGCGUUCAAAUGUCUCUAUCCUACAGGGCUGUACCUUUCUAGAGGUAAUCAUGAAAGCAAGAGCAUGAACAAAAUAUAUGGUUUUGAAGGGGAGGUUAACGCGAAGUUCAAUGAGACAAUGAAUAAAUUAUUUACAGAGAUAUUUUGCUGCUUGCCUUUGGCGAAUGUUCUGAAUAACAAAGUGUUUGUAGUCCAUGGCGGACUCUUCAGUAGUGACGGUGUGAAGUUAUCCGACAUAGCUGCAAUCGAUCGGUUUAGAGAGCCUCCAGAUGAAGGGUUAAUGUGUGAGCUGCUGUGGAGUGAUCCCCACCCUGGCACGGGGCGUGCACCUAGCAAACGCGGUGUCGGUGUUGCAUUUGGAUCUGAUGUCACCCAUCGUUUUUUGGAAGACAAUAAUCUAGAACUUGUGGUGCGGUCCCAUGAGGUGAAGGAUGAGGGUUAUGAACUUGACCACGGUGGCAAACUUAUUACCGUCUUCUCUGCUCCCAAUUACUGCGAUCAGAUGGGUAAUAAGGGAGCCUUUAUAAGGUUUCAGGCGCCAGAUAUGAAGCCUCAGUUCACGAAAUUCAGCUCAGUGUGGCAUCCAAACGUGAGACCUAUGCAAUAUGCGAACAACUUUUUUAGUCUUCUGGCGUAGAGGUAUUGAGGGUAUUUAUUUUAGACGAAGUUUGUUUCGGUGUGAUAUUUGCUGGUUGUGCAGAAUAUUACAAUGUUCAGAGAGAGCCUUGAUUUGACCUUCUAAUGAAUCAUUCUUAAAUGAGGUAUUAUUAUCAGGGACAGGUAUUACCAUGCCAUGCCAAAAACCACACGGAAAAUUAUUUACCUUCAUCAUGUUACUGACGAAUGGUUCCAUCGAACCAUGUUUAUGCUUCUUUUUUUAAUGUUCGAUAACCUUUUUGAGUGGUCAUAA